GCUGGUUUACGCCAUGAGACUCCAGACUGCACACAAACUUCCACCAAUUAUCAUGGAUCCCUUACCAGGCGGUUCCGCCACACCUGCCGACGGUCUUAACUCAGACACUCCCGCCGCAGCCAUGUCGCGGUGGGCCUUCACAUUUUCGCAGCAGUACCAGCACCUCCUGGACAAGUCAACUCCGUACGUGCUCUACCGGUGGAUUACAUUCCUCUUCAUCGCAUUCGUGUACGUGUUGCGGGUGUACCUGAUCCAAGGAUUUUACGUGGUGACCUAUGCCCUCGGAAUCUACAUUCUAAACCUCCUCAUCGGGUUUCUUUCACCGCAGGUCGACCCUGAGUUUUCUGACGGCCCGACCCUCCCCACUCGAGGCUCAGACGAAUUUCGACCGUUCGUUCGCCGCCUUCCAGAGUUCAAAUUUUGGUACUCAAUCACCAAAGCCUUCAGUAUCGCUUUUGUAUUGACAUUCUUUAGCAUUUUUGAUGUGCCUGUUUUUUGGCCAAUUCUCGUUUUCUACUGGAUCAUUCUUUGCAUGCUUACUCUGAGGAGACAGAUUCUACACAUGAUAAAAUACAAAUACGUUCCAUUUUCUGUCGGAAAGCAGAGGUACGACAGAAAGAGUGCACCAUCAGCUGAUAACGAAAGGCUUCCCUCUUAGAUCAAUUUUGCAGGAAAUCGGGGCUAGCUUUUGAGGAUGCUAUCUUCAGUUAUCGUAAAGUUGCAAGGGACAGCAAUCGUACUGCCUUUUGUUUCCUUUGAAUAUAUAAAUAAUUGCUGAAAUAACAUUCAUAUAUAAGCAAGAAAUUGUACACUGGUCAGAAAUUUUCUCUGGAAACUUUUCUCGUGGGAAAUGCCUAUAGAUUAGGUUUUUGUUUUGAAUUCAUGAUAUUCGGGUUUUAGAAAAUUCCCUUGAAAUAUGAACUGAUAUUGGAUCGUUUAUCA